UAUUAUUCAAACAAUAUGCUCAGUGAUUUAUCUAACAACAAUCUUACAGGAACAAUUCCGACAAACUUUUCGGGUCUUCCUUUUCUUCAGAAAUUGUCACUUGCAAAUACUUCAUUGAACGGUUCAGUUCCAUCUGCCAUUUGGGACAGUAGGACUUCGAAUGCAAAGGGAAACCUUACAAUGGAGUUGCAGAAUAAUAAUCUUUCAAAUAUUACUGGCAGUACUGUUCUACCUUCAAAUGUCACUGUCUGGCUUCAAGGGAAUCCCUUAUGCAACGGCAAUGUAAAUCUUCAGUUCUGUCAACCUGAAAAUGACACUCAGAGUUUAACAAAUUCCACUUCUGUUCCGAUCCCUACAGUAUGCCCACCAUCUUACGAAUGUUCCACCACAUCCAGUCAAAGUUGUAUCUGUGCUGCCCCUUUGAUAGUUGAAUAUCGGUUGAAAAGUCCUGGAUUCACAGAUUUUCGUCCAUACAUAGAUGACUUUGAAGUGUACAUGACAGAAGGUCUUAAUUUAUAUCUUAAUCAGCUGGACUUUAAAAAUUUAUGGGCAUGGGAAGUAGGACCUCGACUGAAGAUAACCUUGAAGUUUUUUCCUGAGAACACCUCCGUAUUCAAUAGUAGUGAGGUUCAGCGAAUCACGAGCAACUUCACAUCAUGGAAAAUUCCUCUUAGUUACGUAUUUGGACCUUAUGAACUUCUCGGCCUCGAUCUCCUGGAUGUUUAUAAAUCUGAGGUUGGCAACUCUCCAAGCUCUGGUAUAAGCAAAGGUGCAUUGGCUGGCAUAGUGGUGGGGACCAUUGCAGGUGCAGUUACAUUGUCUGUAAUUGUUUCUCUUCUGAUACUGAGAGUGCACAUGAGGAAGCACCAUGCAGUUUCAAAACGACGUCAUGUUACAGCGUCUUGGACCACCAUGAAAAUUGAUGGUGUGAAGGAUUUCACUUAUGGAGAAAUGGCUCUGGCGACAAACAACUUUAACAGCUCUUCUCAGGUUGGCCAAGGAGGGUAUGGGAUGGUUUAUAAAGGCAUUCUAGCUGAUGGUACACUUGUGGCCAUAAAACGUGCCCAAGAGGGAUCUUUACAGGGUGAGAGGGAGUUCUUGACAGAGAUAGAAUUGUUGUCAAGGUUACAUCAUCGAAACCUUGUGUCUUUGAUUGGACUGUGUGAUGAAGAAGGUGAACAGAUGUUGGUCUAUGAGUUCAUGUCAAAUGGUACUCUGAGGGAUCACCUUUCUGUUAAGUCUAAAGAACCUCUGAGUUUUGCUAUGAGAUUGAAAAUUGCCCUAGAAUCAUCUAAGGGCAUCCUCUACUUACAUACGGAAGCUAAUCCCCCAAUAUUUCAUCGAGAUAUCAAGGCCAGCAACAUAUUAUUGGACUCUAAGUAUACAGCAAAAGUUGCUGAUUUUGGACUUUCCCGACUUGCACCAGUUCCUGAUAUUGAAGGGGAUUUGCCUAGUCAUGUAUCCACAGUUGUGAAGGGAACACCAGGUUACCUAGAUCCGGAGUAUUUCUUAACUCAUACACUGACAGACAAGAGUGAUGUCUAUAGCCUUGGUGUUGUAUUUCUAGAACUCCUGACGGGGAUGUAUCCGAUCUCACAUGGCAAAAACAUUGUUAGAGAGGUUAAUGUCGCAUAUCAAUCUGGUAUGAUCUUUUCAGUUAUUGAUGAUCGAAUGGGAUCUUAUCCUUCUGAAUGUGUGGUGAAAUUUUUGACUUUGGCUCUCAAGUGUUGUGAAUAUGAGACAUAUGCUAGACCUUCAAUGGCAAAGGUGGUCCGAGAACUUGAAAAUAUAUGGCUUCUGAUGCCUGAUUCUGACAUUAAAACAACAAAUCCAAUGCUCUCAGGUUCUGAAAAGGCAAUGGCUUCACCAUCAUCAUCCUCUAAUGUGAUGAAUCCUUUUGUGUCAUCAGAUGUACCUGGCAAUGACCAUGUUAGUGGAGUCAUUCCAUCCAUCACACCUAGAUAGGAAACGUUUGGAAAACUGGUUGCAUUUGAACCUGAGAUUGCCAAUGUCUUGAAAAUUUGAACUGGGAAAUGGUCUUUAUGUUCCUCUCAGUUGUUGAUGUUGUGGAAAGUCUCUCUCUUAAAUCUUCCUUACAGUUUGUUUUGGAAAACUAAUGUACUUAGAGCAGUAGAUGGUUUAAUAA